AUGGUUCUGACCGAGUUACGCGCUGUCGGUCAACUUGUCGGUGGUGGCCUCAUUGCGGUUACGGCACUUUUGGCAUCGAGUGGCUUUUUGAUUGAAACGGUCAAGACACUCAACCCCUUACCACCUCCAGGUGUCCUGCUCCAGAUCAAUGGACGGGACGGAGUCGUGAGCGACGUCCAUGUGCAGCGUCGAGGCAGUGGAGACGUGACGGUUCUUUUUGAUGGAGGAGUGGGGGAGACGUCGUUUGACUGGGACAAAGUCGCAAUGGACGUAGCAACCUUUGCAGCAGUUGUGAGGAUUGACCGUCCAGGAUUGGGCUUCUCGACACCUGGCACCUUGCCACGAACGUCGACGCAGAUUGUCAGCGAGUACAAGCAGAUUCUCGAGCAGCUGAACGUGACGGGGACCGUCGUUCUCGUCGCUCAUGGAGCUGGAGGGUACAAUAUGCGUGAAUUGGCAGCGGAGCUGGAAGAGGCACCGAGCAAACAACUUCAAUGUGGAGGACUCGUGCUCGUCGAUGUUUUACAAGAAAACUUGCGUCGUGAUCUUGAGAGCGUGUCAGAAGUCGUGCAAAAGCUGCUAACGGAAAUGGACGAGAACGGCGACACAGUCUUGCGACUCGCGCGCUUUGGCCUCAUCCGGCUCAUUAACUUGGUGCAACAUGCCAAGCUGCAAGCAAAGUACACGGCCACAGCGUUGCCAUAUGUAGAGUACUUUUUGCCCUCGCCAGCUCAUCGCGAAGGUGCAUUGCGUGAGAACCAGGCCAUUCCAGAGACGGAGCAGCGGUUUCGAGAUUCAGUGUCCACUGCUGCGCCAUUUAAGUUCCCGUGUGUUGUGCUAUCACACGGAAAGGCUGGCAUGUUUGACAGCAUGAAGAUGCAAGCGGGCGUUACCACCCAUAUGCUGGCAGAUUUAGAGCGCAAGUGGUUGGACGCCCAGAUCAAGCUGGCAAACACGGUGAGUAAGCGGACUGCACAUCUCGUGGUCAAGGACGCCGGUCAUUGUAUCCACCACGAAAAGCCAGAAGAAGUUGUGAAGGCUGUUCGUGCCUUGGUUGACGAAAUUCACGGUGAAGUUGGAGAGAAUAAGGGUUUGAUGUCGCUCACGAAGGACGCCUGA